AUGUCUGAUGGAAAGCUCAUCAAUGGUAAGAAGGAAGGCGACCUCCCCACGACGGGAAAUGAACAGAAUGAGCUGCUCGCCAACAUCAACAAGUGUAUCAUUGGCUUCGCCCUCCCCGCCCUGUGGCGACAAUCUGGCUCGUACACAUUUAUUAUCGACGCGGGUCACGCUUGUAAUGAAGACAAGGAUCUCAGCGACUACCUUGACAACGACACGAUGGGCGCCACGGGUGUCUGUGUAAACAACUGGCAGUACUACCUGGCGUAUCCGGACGGCGAUGCAACAAAAUGCACCUGCGAGCGCGUCACCGAUGUCGGCCCCUGUCAGACAAUCUGCAGAGACCAGAAGUUCUCUGCGCCCAAGGGAAUCGAGUACAUCCCCGACGGGCAUAACUACAACGGCAUCACGAAGACCGAGCUGGUCAAGGGCUCCGUCCGCACCUGGAUCGGAAAUGGCAGGGAGAACGGCGCCAAGGUGGGAGACCCGACCAACGAGGGCACCAUGUCCGACCUGAUGGAGGUCGACGUCACGAGCCCCGGCUUCAUGCGGAUCCCUGUCUGCAGCCCCGAGCGCGCCUUCCAGUCCUGGGACACGGCCAACAAGGACUCGAGCCCGAACUGGCCCUGCGAUAUCCCGCCGGGCAAGGACGAGUGCGGGGACUCGACCUUUGUGGACCAGACGAGCGACGCAUCGCCCAAGGUUGAGGACUGCCGCCAGGUCAUCAAGAACAUCGAGGGUGAUGGCAGCACCGGCUGGAUCACCCAGGUUGUCGGCCAUAACCAGCGCGAGAUUGCCAGUCAUGCAAGCUGUCAUUUCGGCGUCGAGGCUACCAAGACUGACGGCAACGUCAACUUCAAGGCCGGCGGCCAGGAUGUCAUUGAUAUCAUCAACAACGCUAUUGCUCAGUUUGGUAGGGAUGGGGUGAUUGGUGCAAAGGGUGAUAUGAAUUGCAACGGCAAUAUAAAGAGCCAGCCGGUUCUGUGGGGGAUGUACUAG